GUUCGGCUUUUGCCUGCUUUUUUGUUUGCUGCGGUGUGUGCACGGCCCCAACUCGAAGACGCAGUAGCUCCUCUUCGUCGCAAAGGCUAAGCUUGGCUGUAAACUCGCUGCAGAGAGAUGGCCGCAUUCGGCGUCAGCGAGGAGCCAGUCGACGACGAAGCUGCUACGUUCGAUGCGGUGCGAUUGGUAUUUAAGGGAGACGCCGACGGCCUGCAGGCCUUGCUGGAUAAAAAACCGAAUGCGGCCAAGGGCCACGACGACACGUUCAACGACGCGACGGCGCUGCACGUCGCCGUCGGCGAGACGCAGCCCGCGUGUGCGCGAGCGCUCCUCAACGCGGGCGCCGACGCGAACGCGAGGGACGUCGAGCGGCGCACGCCGCUGCACCAGGUCGACGCGAACUGCCCGAGAGUGCUCAUAGACAUCUUGGUCGCGGGCGGCGGCGACGUCAAGGCCACGGACGCGCGCGGCUGGACGCCGCUCCACGCGGCGGCCGCCGCCAUGGCCGUCAACGCGUGCGCCGCGCUGCUGACGAACGGCGCCGACGCGGCCGCGAAGGCGAAGGACGGCCUCACGGCCUUGGACAUCGCGACGGCCGGCGACCCGGACGACGUCGACGAUUUGAACUUCGCGGACCUUGGACUGGACGACGCCGACGGCGAGGACCCGGGGCCGCUGCCGCGGCGGAACCACUUUCUGGUCGAGAUGCUGGUCAAGGCGGGCGCGGGCGCGCCGGGCGACUUCAAGUGGCUCGCGCCAGAUUUAGACCGGCACGACUUCGAGCUGAAGCCGGGCGCCGACGUCGAUGCCUACGCCGCCGGCGAGAUCGUGGAACUCACCGUGACGGCCGCCGUCGACGACUUCUCGAGCGACGAGUCCGACGGCGAGGAGUCGGACACGGUCGAGGCGACGGCACGGUUUAUGUUGGUUGAGCGCAAGGACGACCUCUGGCGCGGCUACCUCGUGGACACGGUGCUGCCGGAGAAGGCGCCCCAACUCAUGCUGCUGCCGGGCCGGGAGCUCGUGGUGUCAGUGGCUAAGCCCCCUUAGUUAAAAACAAG